AUGAAGCUUUUGUGGUCACUUUUUGCUUUUACUCUUGCCCAGGAAUACGAAGAUUCUGCCGUAGAGUCUGAAUAUGACGAUCUCGGCAACAAGAAAAAAGGAAACAAGAAUAACUACAGCGGCGGAAAUCCUUACGGAGGAAAUUCUUAUGGUAGCGCUUAUGGCGAUCCCCAUUUUAUGAUCAAAAACGAAGACCAACCACCAAUUUGCUUCGAUUUCAACCCUCCAUCGGGUGCCACUCUCAACCUCCUCAUCGAUCCCGUCAGCUCCCUUGCUGUUACUGCUGAAACUGGCGAAAACGAAAAGGGACUCAACUACAUGACAAAGGUCCAUUUUAUGUCUCCCGAAGGAGCAAGACUUCUUUUCGACGUUGAUGGAGUCCAUUUGGACGGACUUGGGGAUGAGACUGCUUCCGAUCCUCAUCCAAUUACAGGACAUCAGGUUUAUGGUGAUUUGAUCUUCAUCGAAAAAAUGAGCUUCGACGGCAACCACGACCAUACCAAAAUCCAGGUCGGCGAAGAUGGACCAGAAUUCGUCAUCAAAGGCAAUAUCACCAAGAAGAAUCUCUCUGUCAUGGUCACUGAUUCAACCGGAAUCUCCCAAAAAUGCCGAGGUCUCAUCGGUCAAUUCAUGCGACCAAACUCUUACCGACUCCGAAACUUCGGCGUCAAUGAAGAUGGCGACAACACAGCCCUUGUCGUUUCCGGCGGCGCCCGUGUCCGAGCUGUGGAGGGUCCUUAUCACCACACUGAUGAUUGCUUCGUCAUCAGCGAGGAUGAUAUUCUUCACGUCAUGGCUAAUCUGUAA